GGAGAAUACAAAUUGCUCCCGUUAAACAAUAAUAUGUCUAUCCAUACUGGAAGUCAAAACAUGGCUCGCGAGAAUGCUUCAUCGUCAAAACAAACUGUAUCAAGCGAUAAACGCAAGCCGGUUUCUCGUACGAAUAAUGCAAUGGUAGACAAUGUACCGUCCACAUCGAUGGUAGUUCGUUCUUCUUUGGAUCACUUCUCGUUUAUGGAAACAACUGCAUCAACUUCGGGUGCUUGUCAACGAAAACCUAAACCCCUUUCAUCUACUGCUUCAAUGGCAACGCAAACGGAUUUUUCUAGUGGACAGAACGUGGGAUUAGAUGCCAUACUAGAAAAAUUAGACACCAUGCAGAGGGAGCAACAAAGACAGGCAGACAUGUAUCAUAAGAAAAUGCUGGAUAUGGAGAAGCAGCAGAAAUUAAUACGAGCACAGUUAGAUAUUUUAUCCGACAAAUUGAUUCCACGGCCAGGAUUUGUUGCGGAAUCGUCGUUUGAAUGGGAAACGGUGGGGACCAGGGAAGAACUAGAUCGACUGGAGGAAAAAUUGGGGGAACCAGAGUUCAAAAAAAUUUAUGGAUUUUUUAGAUACAAAGCUGCCGACCGACAGUUCAGAAGCUAGACUGCAUGAUAGCAUGGACAUUAUAUUCAAAAAGGGUUUUGUAACACAAGCCAACUGGACAGGAUUAGGGCCAGAUAAAGUUUGUUUUUCAAAUUAUGAAAGGGUUAUUCAGAUUUUUGAAUUUAUAGCAACAUGUCAUGGAGUUUCACCCACGGACCAAAGAAUCAAAACAUUUUUCCAAAAUAAGUUUAAACAUUCAAAACAAAGACUUAGCAUGGUGGGAAAAGUUAAAACUGUACCUCAUAGACGCAAAGUUUAGUUUAAUUUAUGUUUAAUUACUACUGUAAUCCUCAGUUUAGCUUCAAGCAGAUAGCAGAAUUAAUGGCUUUUUGUAAAAUUAAAAGCUUUAAUUAAGCCCAGUUGCGUAUCAUGUUCCUAUUAUAGAAAUGUUAAAGAAUUCAAAGAAAUGUUAUUAUUUUUUAUGAUAUAAAAAACGAAUUAAAAUGUACGUUCAACAAA